AUGAAGUUUGGGAAGGAAUUUGCAGCUCAAAUGGUGCCCGAAUGGCAAGGAGCAUACAUGGGUUAUGAGUACCUUAAAACCCUUUUAAAAGAUAUUCAAACUUUCAACCAAAGAACCGAACAACAAUCCAUCCCACAUGGAUUGAAACGAAGCCUUUCGAUGUACCAAGCUUUCAGUGGCCUGUUGGUUCAUAGACAUGCUCAACAAUCCAUUGAUUCACCGUCGUCUUCGUCGUUGUCGAACGUCGUCGAAGAUCAUCCCAUUUUGGUUAGUUCCGUCAACCGGGACGGCUCAUACAAGUACGAGACGACAUUCCAUAUGCAAGGGGACAAAGGUGGAGAGUACGAGCUCGUGUACUUCAGAAGGCUGGACGAUGAGUUCAAUAAGGUGGUUAAGUUUUACAAGUCCAAAGUGGCAGAGGUGAAGCAGGAGGCUGAGGCCUUAAACAAGCAAAUGGAUGCUUUUAUUGCCUUUAGAAUCAAAGUGGAGAAUCCUCAAGGAUGGUCGUGGCAAGACCGGUCCGACGUCACCCCGUCGACCGCUGCUCUUGCGGCUUCGACACCGGCCGGUGCUAGAGCAAGCGGCAGUAAAUCAGCUGAGCACAUGGCAAUCAUCGAAAAAGGGCCGAGCGAGCACGAUGAUUCGGAUGAUGAUAAGAAAGGUAGUGUAAAGCCGGAUAUCGAAGCGCAACCCAUCGAAAAGCCAGUGAUCGUUAACAAGUUCAAGCAACAUAAACCGGCUCCGUUACAGAUAUUGGACCGUGUUAAAAUGAAUAACACACUCGAGACGCCUCGAUCAACCAUUAAAGUGUUCCUAAACGCCCCUAAACAGUCUGGUUUGAAGUUUAAUGAAGAAAAUUUCAAGAUAGUUGAGAAUAAACUUAAGCGAGCUUUUGUUGAAUUCUACCAGAAACUUCUCCUCCUCAAAAGCUACAGCUUCUUAAAUACAUUGGCUUUCUCAAAAAUCAUGAAGAAAUAUGACAAGAUCAGUUCAAGGAACGCUUCAAAGUCAUACAUGAACAUGGUGGAUAGUUCUUAUCUAGGUACAUCCGAUGAGGUUACAAAACUUAUGGAAAGAGUUGAGGCCACAUUCAUCAAACAUUUUGCAAAUUCAAACCGCAGCAAAGGAAUGAAUAUUUUAAGACCCAAAACUAGGAAACAGAGACAUACAACAACUUUUUAUACAGGUUUCUUCGCUGGAUGCGCAUUUGCUCUGGUAUUAGCACUUAUUUUGAUCAUUAGAGCUCGGAAUAUCUUGAAUCACGACGGGACCGACCAGUAUAUGGAAACCAUGUUUCCUCUUUACAGUUCAUUUGGAUUAAUUGUUCUGCAUACGGUUAUGUAUGCUGGGAAUGUGUACUUUUGGAGACGGUAUCGAGUGAAUUAUGCCUUCAUAUUUGGUUUCAAGCAAGGAAAAGAACUUGGGUACAGGGAAGUACUCCUAGCAAGCUUUGGUCUUGCAGUUAUGGCACUUGCUGGUGUGCUCUCUAAUCUUGAUAUGGAGAUGGAUCCCAAAACUAACGAUUAUAAAGCUUUCACCGAAAUCGUCCCUUUGAUCUUGGUGCUGGUAGUAUUAGUCAUACUGUUCUUGCCAUUCAACAUUCUGUAUCGAUCGAGUCGUUUCUUCUUCCUCACAUGUUUGUUUCACAUUAUCUUAGCCCCUCUGUACAAGGUCAGCCUUCCGGAUUUCUUCCUGGCAGACCAGUUAACUAGCCAGGUUCAAGCAUUUAGGAGCCUUGAGUUCUACAUUUGCUACUAUGGCUGGGGAGAUUUCAGGCACAGAGUAAACAGUUGCAAAAGCAACGACGUUUUCAACGCUUUCAGUUUCAUCGUCGCCGUGAUUCCUUUCUGGUCUCGUCUUCUUCAGUGCUUGCGUCGAUUUUACGAGGAGAAAGAUACCAUGCAAGGCUACAAUGCAGGCAAAUAUUUCAUCACCACCGUGGCCCUCUGUUUAAGAACUGCCUACAGUCUUAACAAAGGAUUAAGUUGGGAAAUUUCGGCUCUAGUUUUCUCCGUGACGGCCGCCGCCGUCGGUACGUAUUGGGACCUUGUCCACGAUUGGGGGCUUCUUCAACGCCGUUCUAGGAACCGAUGGUUGAGAGACAAACUCCUCGUACCGCGAAAAAGUGUCUAUUUCGGCUCCAUGGUGCUGAAUGUUGUGCUGAGAUUUGCAUGGCUGCAAACGGUGUUCAAUUUCAAGUUAUUCGAUUUACAUAAGCAAACCAUGAUCACCAUCGUGGCCAGCCUCGAGAUAAUCCGGCGAGGGGUGUGGAAUUUCUUCAGGUUAGAGAACGAGCAUUUAAAUAACGUCGGCAAGUAUAGGGCAUUCAAGUCGGUGCCAUUGCCUUUCAACUAUGAUGAAGAUGAAGUUAAAGAUGAGUAG